AUGUCAACCCUCCGAACAGUCCACAAAAUCUUCACCGCCCCCGAGCAACCCGAAGGCGCAGGCGCUCGCGUCCGCCGUUCCAUCGGAAGCAACCACCUCCGCGCCUUUUCGCCCUUCCUCAUGCUCGACCACCUGGACGGCGCCACCGGCGAAGGCUUCCCCGACCACCCCCACCGGGGCCAGGAGACCGUCUCCUACAUCCUCAAGGGAUCCGUCGAGCACGAGGACUUUGCGGGCCACAAGGGGAUCUUGCACGCCGGCGACCUGCAGUUCAUGACGGCCGGCAGGGGGAUCAUGCACUCCGAGCAGCCGAUCCCGUCCGAGGACGGGAGUGGUGGAGCGGGAUUGCAGUUGUGGGUGGAUUUGCCGCGGCACUUGAAGAUGUGCGAGCCGCGGUACCGUGAUCUCAAGGCUGCGGAGAUCCCGCUCGCGAAACUAGACGACGGGAGGGUUUCUGUGAAAGUCAUCUCGGGCGUGUCUGGAGGUGUCGAUAGCGUGAGGGACCUAACAUAUACGCCGAUAUGGUACCUAGACAUUCAAAUCCAACCGGGCGGCGAGAUAGCCCAGCAAGUCCCUGAGGGCUGGAACGCGAUGGCGUACGUCGUCGAAGGAUCUGCGCAGAUCAGCUCCUCCACCGAGGACGACCGGAUGGAGGCACAGCAGUUCCAAGCUGUCGUGUUCGGGGUGGAGGGAGACGCGGUGCAGAUGCGAGUUCCGGACACGGCGACUGUUGGCGCGCGGAUUCUUCUGAUUGCGGGUGAACCCCUGGACCAGCCUGUCGUGCAGCAUGGUCCGUUUGUGGUGACCAGCAGCCAAGAGGCCCGGCAAGCGCUCGAGGACUUUUAUUUCCACAAGAAUGGGUUCGAGAGGGCGGCGGGAUGGGAGAGCCGGUCCUCGAAAAGGCUGGCGAGGUCGUAG